CCACGUAAACGUAAAGAGCAGUCGCCGCUGUCUGGGGCUCGCUAGCCGUCUUUGCUCACUGCACACUUACAGGGCAACAUAUCCCGGGUGUCCACACGAUGCCACGCUACACUCGUUUGGCAGGCCUUCAGUGAGAUCGCCACAGCUGUAAGAUGUCAAUGGUGUUGUUUGCCUCUGUGGUUCGGGUUGGGGACGGCCUGCCUCUCUCUGCAUCCACUGACUAUGAGCAGGAUAAAGAGCUUCAGGAAACCAAGAGGCAUCUGAAAGGUCUCUCCAAGAAACUCAGCCAGUUCCCUGACCGCUGCACACUUAAGAGUGGACCAUACAAUGUCAAUUUCACAAGCUCACUGGGUGUUGGAUACCUGAUGGUGUGCACCGCAAACUACCCCAACGUACUGGCCUUCUGUUUCCUGGAUGAGCUACAGAAGGAGUUUAUCGUCACCUAUGACACCAAACGAAUCAGAAGCGUUGUGCGACCGUACUCCUUCAUUGAAUUUGACACUUUCAUCCAGAAGACCAAACAGCGCUACAACAGCCCUCGUUCCCUGUCCACCAAGAUCAACCUGGCUGACAUGCAGACAGAGAUCAAGCUGCGACCACCCUACCAGCUCUCCCCUGAGGACCUGCGGGCUAUCAAUGGAUUCUCUGUGCACACGCCCUCAAAGUACAAGGGCAUAGCUCCCACACAGAUUCUGGAGCCAGUGACUCUCCCAGGCAUCGUGUCCUGUGUGCUCAGUGUCCUCUGUGGAGGCCUGAAUCUGCUGCGCGGAGUCCACGCUAUAGAGAGCAUACUGCAGAAUGACGAUGAAGACUUUAAUUAUGUGAUUGCCUUUUUCCUCGGCACAGCAGCCUGUCUGUAUCAGUGCUACCUGUUUGCCUACUUCUCUGUCUGGAGGAACAGUAAGUCCUUCCUGGCAUUUGCACUCAUCUGUCUGUCCAACAUGUAUCUGUAUGAACUGAGGAACAUGUGGCAGAUCCUCUUCCAUGUGGCAGUGGGCGCUUUCAUGACCCUGCAGAUAAGACUGAGGCAACCACUGGGCAAAGCACCAGACUAUAAUGUCUGACAGAAAAGGACAAACGGACCUUCUGUCAGAUUUCUCACGAAUGCCCUGGAAAUGCAGCGGAGACAGCACUGGCCAGUCUGGGGACAAAGUGGAAACAAAAAACAAUCCUCUCAGUUUAGGAAGAAAGAAAAAUCUUGCAGCACCACAGUAUUCCUGUUCUCACUCCAUCCCAGUACCAGUGGACAGAUCUCAGUGGGCAGAUCCCGCCGCCGCCGCCAGAAUCAUCUGUGGAUCUUAUUGGAUUUAUUUGGGAAAUUAUGUAUUCCCCAUCAUUGUCUGAUAAAGACAUUUACUUUUAAUUCCUUUCAUUGCAGCCAUAGUUUAGGUGAGAUUCCUGCAACGAGGUUGUCCAGUUUUGCAAACCUGUACUUUCCCGGCACCCUUAAAAAUUAAGUUUUGGAACCAAUCUGUCAUGUAGAACCUGCAACUCCUUUUAUAACCAAAUACAGAGGCUGUAGAAAGCCUGUCUAAAGGGCUCCAGCUGUACUAGGAACAAGUACCUACACCAAUAUUAUACUUUUUUAAAAUCUUACUUUGAGGAAUGUAAGACUUCUUUUUCAUUUAAAAUAUUAAGCAAAACUUAUCAAAUACAUCAGUGUAAGAACUCUGCUGAAAAAUACGUAAAAUCAGUAAAAUUAAAAUUUAAAUCAGGAAAUAUUUGAGCAAAGCAUAAGUGCAAAACACAUCCAUGUCAUGGUGCAUCGCUCACACUCACACCGGUGCACGUGUUUUGAUUCGCAUCAGAUGCAGUGUAUGUUGCCCUUAAGAAUUUGACCAGACAUUUGAUGACAGCUUUCUGUAUUUUAAAUUCUUUGACUCUUGAGCUACGGACACAUUUCUCUUUGUACCCAAACACUGAUGUUUAAUACCCAGCCCUAUUAUUUCCUUGAGUUCGGCCAACAACCCCUGUGGUCUUGGCUGAAGGCUGAGCUGAACAGAAGAGCAUACAGCUGAAAUUAAACGCGUAGUAAUUGCUUUAAAAAAAAAGUCACGUGCAAAAUUGCUGUGAACUGAUAAAAGACUGAUAAAGUUACUUCAGGAAAGAUGAACAUAAAAAGAUUUUCAAUUUCUUGUUAAAUUUUUGUUUUUUUCCUCUUUAGUGUUCAUUUCACCCAUGUCCUGCUUACACCCCCUUAUUCUUUUUCUCUUUUUUUCACCUGUUACAUGCACUUUUUGCACAUGUACCCUUGGGUACCUGACCUGGUGCAGGACUGGUUUUUGGUCUUGGUUUAACACUAUGCAAUGCUGCCUUGUAAAUAUACCAUUUCAGUUUUGGUGCAUUCUAUAUUCAGGACCCAAUAAUCAUAUCCUAUUUUGCAGAUUUUUGUCAUUUUGUAGACAGUUAAUUUUGCUAUUUAUUUACUGAUAGAUUGUUCAUGGGCAGGUGAUCAGUGAAGAUGUAUACAGAUUUUAUUAGUUUUAUUUGUUGUUUUAUGGUCACUACAUUUUAUUUUUUUUUACGCAGACUUACGUCUGCUUGUCACAAGGUAAGUCCUGCUCCCGUACACACAAACAGCCUGUGACCAUUCAUACCCUACUUCCUCACCCACACAGGCUCAAGCAUGUGCCAGUGUCAAGUGACUAUGUUAAUAAACAAGUCUGUGUUGGCAGCAGUAAAGAUGCUAGCAGUGUUGUCAAGGCCAGAGGCAGCCCGUAUCAUCUGAGCAGCCUCUGGCUUGCUUUUCCUCCCACUGAGCCCCUCGGUUCAGACUUGGUUGCGUCUGCCACUUUGGAAGACAUAAACUCUGCAUCUCACCCUGCCUGUGUAAUGGAUAUUAGCACAGCAUUCACAUUUAACGCAAUUACAUUCAGGAGAUGCCACAUUCAUCAUUAUUAAGGAGUGGGAGAUGUUUUUCGUAAAAUUAUGGGACGUAUUCCUGGCUUCCUGCAACAUCCCGACAAAUAAUAGCA